CUUCAGCCACUGGAGUCUCGUGGAUUUGAUCUCUCUAAGGAUCAUAAGAAUGAGCAGGUUUCUAGCAAAGAUCAAGUGUUACAACUUACGCGAGAAGAAGAAAAGGAGAUUGGAGAUGUUGGGUGGAAGCCAUUCUUGGAUUAUCUUUAUCUCUCCAAAGGAUCAUUGCUUAUGUCUCUGAUCAUUUUAGCACAGGUGGCUUUUAUUGGUUUGCAAGCAGCAUCAACCUUUUGGCUUGCUCUGGCCAUUGAAGUACCAAAAGUAACAAAUGGCAUCUUGAUUGGGGUUUACACAUUAAUCUCACUUCUAAGUGUUGGCUUUGUGUGGCUAAGAUCUAUCAUGGGGGCCCACCUUGGAUUAAAAGCUUCUGCUUGUUUCUUCUCUGGUUUCAAUAAUGCUAUCUUCAAGGCUCCUAUGCUGUUCUUUGACUCAACCCCAGUAGGAAGAAUUUUGACCCGAGCUUCGUCAGAUUUGAGUACGUUAGACUUUGAUAUACCUUAUGGACUCACCUUUUCAGCAGGUGGUGCAAUAGAACUUCUGACAAUAAUUGCAAUAAUGGUUUCAGUCACGUGGCAAGUACUUAUUGUUGCAGUUCCCGCCUUAAUAACUUCCAAAUACAUUCAGGGCUAUUACCAAGCCUCUGCUAGGGAACUAAUGAGAAUCAAUGGAACCACCAAAGCUCCGGUUAUGAAUUUCACCGCGGAGACAUCAUUAGGAGUGGUGACUGUGAGAGCUUUCAACAUGGCAGAUAGAUUUUACCAAAAUUACCUCAAGCUUGUGGACACAGAUGCAAAACUAUUCUUUCAUUCUAAUGUGGCCACAGAAUGGUUAAUUUUAAGGAUUGAAAUACUUCAGAACUUGACACUCUUCACGGCAGCUUUGCUGCUUGUUCUACUUCCAAAGGGACUUAUGCACCCAGGCCUUGCAGGACUCUCUCUAUCAUAUGCUUUGUCAUUGACAAUAUGCGUAACUUUUAUGAGUCGUUGGUUCUGCAACUUAUCAAAUUAUAUUGUUUCCGUUGAAAGAAUCAAACAGUUCAUUCACAUACCAGAAGACCCACCUGCAGUUGUGGAGAACAGAAAACCUCCACCUUCAUGGCCUUCCAAUGGUAGGAUUGAGCUUCAAAACCUUGAGAUAAGGUAUCGUCCAAAUGCUCCAUUAGUCCUUAAGGGAAUCACUUGCGCAUUCAAAGAAGGGAGUAGAGUGGGAAUUGUAGGGAGGACUGGGAGUGGGAAAAGUACACUAGUAAGUGCUUUGUUUCGAUUGGUUGAUCCUGCAAGAGGUGAUAUUCUUAUAGAUGGGAUCAGCAUAUUACCAAUGGGGUUGAAGGAUUUGAGGAUGAAGCUGAGCAUUAUUCCUCAAGAACCCACUCUUUUUAGGGGUAGCAUUAGAACCAACUUGGAUCCUCUUGGCCUCUACUCUGACGAAGAAAUCUGGGAGGCUUUAGAGAAAUGCCAGCUCAAGUCAACAAUCAGCAGGCUACCCAAUCAAUUGGACUCUUCUGUGAAUGAUGAAGGUGAAAAUUGGAGUGUAGGACAACGUCAGCUCUUAUGCCUAGGAAGAGUACUUCUGAAGCGAAAUAAGAUUCUUGUUCUUGAUGAAGCCACUGCUUCCAUUGAUUCUACCACAGAUGCCAUCCUGCAGCAAGUUAUUAGACAAGAAUUUGCAGGGUGCACAGUUAUAACUAUAGCCCAUCGAGUCCCAACUGUAACAGACAGUGAUAUGGUUAUGGUCCUCUCUUCUGGGAAAGUGGUGGAAUAUGAUGAGCCUUCAAAGCUUAUGGAGACAAACUCUUCUUUCUCUAAACUUGUUGCUGAGUAUUGGUCCAGCCGCAACCAGAACCGCUCCUAAAAUAUACGAGUCUCUUGUAUAUGUGUGUAUAUACAUAUGCAACUGAUCUCUUUAAUCAAUUAAGGGGAUCUAAGUUGAUGAACAUAAUAAAUUAAAUAAACAUUUUUCAAAAGUAUAAUUAAAAGAUCCUUCAUUUUCCAGAAA